GACUGUGUCGUUCUGUGUUGUUGUUGGAAAGCUCCCAUUGUAUACUCGUCGCUCUUGUGAAAACAACAUUUCAUAAUACAGGCGCCUGGUGUACCAGAACACAGUAACCUCAAAAUCUUGUGUUGACGUAAGGAAAUCAGCGAGAAAUCAAUCUACGCAAUAAGCGAAAAAUGGUGUAUAUUGAGUAACCUCAUUGCGUUGAUAAACUCUCAUUGUCAUAAAUAGUCACAAAUCAAAAUGGGUAAACACGAAGUUGGGACACCAAAAUACAUUGCGAACAAGAUAAAAGCUAAGGGAUUACAAAAGCUAAGAUGGUACUGUCAAAUGUGUCAGAAACAAUGUCGCGACGAAAACGGCUUCAAGUGCCAUACGAUGUCGGAGUCACAUCAGCGGCAGCUAUUGCUGUUUGCCGAUAACGCUGGCAAAUACAUGGAUGAAUUUUCCCGAGAAUUUUCCCAGGGAUAUGUAAACUUACUUAAGCGUCAAUUUGGCACAAAGCGAGUCCCAGCCAACAGAGUUUACCAAGAUUACAUAGCUGACAGAGAUCACAUACACAUGAAUGCGACAAAGUGGUUGAGUCUAACAGGCUUCGUUAAAUGGUUAGGUCGAAGUGGUCAAUGCGUAGUAGAUGAGACUGAGAAGGGAUGGUUUGUAACAUACAUCGAUCGGGAUCCUGAAACACUUGCGGCGCAGGAAAAAAAGGCUAAAAAGGAAAAAAUGGAUAAAGAUGACCAGGAACGCAUGAUGGAUUUCAUUGAGAAGCAAGUUGAACGUGGUCGUCAAGAGACGGAUGAAGAUUCAAGCGAAUUCAAAAAGCCACUAGAAAGACCGGAACAGGAUAAGCCUCUUGUUCUAGAACUGAAACUAAAACCUAAGCCUGUGCCUGUGGUAGGGCCCAGUGUUAGUUUUACAUUUGACAGUAAGUUAAAAAAGAAAAGAGGAAACUCGGGAGCUGACGAGCAGUUGUCAGAGUACGAGUACGAGUCCAAUAAAAAAAUUAAACGCGAACAACGCGACGAGAAGAACGAAAAGAAGAAGGAUGCUACUGAUAUUAAAAGUGAUAAGGAAGAAGGAUGGUUGCGAGCUGGAUUAGUGGUGAAAGUAGUUACAAGAUCACUAGGAGAAAAAUACCACCGGGCCAAAGGUGUUGUGCAAUUGCCAGAAGAUAAAUCUCCUUGCUGUAUUGCACGGGUAAAGCUCACAAGCCCAACUGAAGUCAAGGACCACGUAUUAAGAUUGGAUCAAGAACAUCUGGAAACUGUUAUACCGGCAAUUGGAAAGCCGGUAACAAUUCUGCGAGGGAAAUUUCAAGGAACGAUGGCUGCACUGAGAAAAGUUCGUCUUGAAGAAUUUAGUGUCGAUGUAGAAUUGCUUGAACGUGAUAAAGGGCUACUUGUUAAAAGAUUACCCUACGAGGAUGUCUGUAAAUUCAGUACUUCGUGAGAAUAUUUAUAUUGUUAAUUUUUCCCCUGAUAUAUUUGAUUUCAUUUUGAGUUGAGCUAUGCCUUAUAUAGACUAAUUGCUCUGCAUCUUGAAAAAUGUAAAUAAUUGUAAUUAUUCAAAUUUGAUAAGUAAAGGCCGAAUGUUACUUCUGCAAGAACGGUAAUAAGUGUUUUUAAUUUGCGUACCAGUACUUCAUGAAGCAAUCUACUUGCGGUAAAACUUCCGCAUUAUUUAUUUCGCUUCAAUCUUUAUUCUCAUUAAUCACAUUGGAGUACAUCUAAUCAUAAUAUUGAUCUUCCAAACACACCACCGACAGUUCAGAAUACUUCACAGCCUCAGCAAUACGGUUCUGUAUAAGAAAACACAAAGGCUCGUUCCAGUGAUUCUUAACUUGGCAACCAAGAAUGAUACCUCACAGGAUCAUGAAAACAAUAUGUAGGAAAUAACAAAGCGAAUACUUGGAUAACAUGGGAGAGGUGAGCAUGGUGGGCAGCAAGGAUGUCCAGUUGGCGGUGGCGGAGGGCAACGUGGCGGCGAUGGUGGUGGCAGAGGACAAGGGCAACAAGGUCCCGGGAAAAUGGGUGGGCAGCAUGGCUUUGGUGGGCGGCAAACUGGUCUUUGGGGUGGUAGAAUGCAGGGUACCUCUUCUAUGCGAGGAGGUAACAUUAUUGAGCAGGAUGGCGGUGUCGGAACAUGCCGACACUUGCUGAAAAUUCAAUAUGUUAAUAUAGGUAUGUAUGUUUCUAAACAUGGUAACACCAAAUCUUGUUAUUGUUAUAGACAUAACUUACCAGCAGUCGAUUGCACAAAUCAAGUAUUUCAGUUCUUCCAUUUCAUUCCAACAAGCAAUUUUGUGAGAUUGAUUUUUAUUACACAUUGCAAAGAAUAAGUUUAUAAAGAUAAGAACGAAACUGGAGACAAAGCAACAGAGGUAAUAACGGUUACUUGGAAUUUCUUUUACAGGUUCCAGUCGAAACUAAAAUUUGUUCAUUUUGGGUUAACGAAGAGAGGAGAAAUAAGUCAUAUAUGAAUAAAAAAUGAAGAUAAAUCAGUUGUUAUCCUAGUUGUUGGGUGUCAUUUUGAACUUUUAACUUACAAGCUUUUCUAAGGUUUCGAUGCUGACUGGCAUUUGUGUUUCCCUAUUCCAAUCAAACGAUAGAGCCAGUUGCAGAGUUUCUCAAAAUUUAUUAUAUCCCAGUUAUUAACACACCUGAGUAACAAAAGCAUUUAAUUAUUUCUGAACUCUAAUGUUUGCAAGUUCUCAUUUGCAUCAACCAUUUGCUAAAUCUGAAAGUUCAUAUUUUAAAUUCUAGUAAAUUUUUACGUUACCAGCA